GGUGUAAAGAGUAAGAAGACGCAAGACCGCAUUAAACAUCAGUAAAAGGAACGCUCGUGUCUCUCGUGUAUGUGAACAAGCCGGCACAUUAACCCUUUGAUGCAUAAUGGUCACUACAGUGGACAGGACUGGAGAUCAGCCAUGAGGUCGUUCAUCCUGCUCCUCAUCUCCCUCGCCUUGUGGCUCAGAUCGAUCAGCUGUAGACCCUCUUCGUCCUGUCCCGGGGGACAGUUUUUGCUGAAGAACCAGUGCGUCUUGUGCCAUCCCACCUGCUUCGAGUGCGACGGACACGAGCUGUUCGACUGCACUACCUGUGGAGUUGGUGAAGAUGGACAGGAGCGUUUCCUCCAUCAAGGUCGCUGUCGGGCGCAUUGCCCCAGGGGACUCUUCCCCGACAGGGGUCACUACACGUGCUUGCCCUGCAUAGCCAAUUGUGAACUAUGCACAGAUGGUAAUUUAUGUGCCAAAUGCCGGGAACACUACAAACUCCAGAAUGGGAUCUGCCAACAGGCACUCUGUGACAUAGGGCAGGUGCAGGACCCAGAGACCGGGGAGUGCACCAACUGUGAAAUGGGUUGCAGGACAUGUUCUGCAGAAGACCCCGAGUUUUGCAGCGCCUGCAUUCAAGAUUACUUCCUUUUCAGACAGAAGUGUCGCAGACAUUGCCCUCAGAGCACCUAUGAGGACCGUAGCAGUGGUCUCUGUCUGUCCUGCCUGGCUCCAUGUGAGGACUGCAGGAGCAACACCCGCUGCAUCGCCUGCCAACCCGGUUACUUCCUCAAUGGUGAGGAGUGUGUGAAGCAGUGUCCCAUGCAAACCUUCAGCGAUUCCAGCGGGUGGCGCUGCCAGCUUUGCCACAGGUCAUGUCAGACCUGUCAUGGACCUCAUUCAACAGAUUGUGACCUUUGUGUCAGCGGGAAUCCUCCUCUGCAUGGACAGUGUCCUCAGGUCAACUGUCCACUUGGACAGUUCGUUGAUGGCAAAUACAGUGAAUGCCAUCCAUGUGACGCUUCCUGUAAGACCUGCUUCGGGCCUCAAGCGCUGGAUUGCUCUUCUUGUUUUCAGGGAUAUUACCUGGAUCAGGACAGUUCUUGCGUAGAACACUGCCCAUCUGGCUCCUAUGCAAACCCAGCUACCCAGCUGUGUGAAGACUGCUCACCCAACUGUGAGGCCUGUGUGGACACCAGCGACAACUGCAUCAGCUGCUCCAGAGGCAGCAGUCAACUCUUCCUUCAUGAGGGACGAUGCUGGACCAACUGUCCAGAGGGUUUCUUUGAAACUCAGGAUGGCUCAUGUGAGGCCUGCGAUAGUUCCUGUCAGACUUGUGAUGAGACCGAGUCACAGUGUCUGUCCUGCGCUGACAGCUUCUACUUAGAGGGUGGUGUAUGUAGACUCAACUGUUCGCUUAGGAUGUACCCAGCAGACGAUGGUACCUGCAGACGCUGUCCUCCACACUGUGACAUCUGCUCCGAUGACAGGACAUGUUUCAAGUGCACAUUCCUCUACUUGAUGCUGAAUGGUGCGUGCAGAGCCAGUUGUCCUAUGGAAUAUUAUGAGGACAUGGAGGAGGGUCGUUGCGGUCAGUGCCACCCCACCUGUGGCAGCUGUUCAGGACCGCUGGAAGAUGACUGUGAGACCUGUUCAUCCUUCAGCCCAAAACUCUACAAAGGUUCAUGCCUCAAAGACUGCCCCACUGGUACUUACUAUGAGAUACCAGCUAUGGAGUGUCAAGAGUGCCACCAGACCUGUAAGAGUUGCAUUGGCCCAGAUCCAAACCAGUGCAGCCAGUGUGAGAAGGGCCUUGUUCUGGAUCCAAACACGUUACUGUGUGGAGUGACUGGUGACUCAGGCUGCCCACUGAGAACCUACCUACACGAUGACCAGUUCACCUGCAUGAGCUGCCACCAGUCCUGUCACUCCUGUAGAGGCCCAGGCAUUAAUGAAUGCCUGACCUGCGCCGUCCCCAGAUUCUUAAACAACAGCACCUGCGAGACGGAAUGUCCUGCUGGUUCAUACGCCACAAGGCAGGAAGCUGAUGGACAGCAGCUGGGAUUCUGUUUGCCCUGUGAUCACAUCUGCUCCUCUUGCACCGGGCCAUCGCCUCGGGACUGCCUCACGUGUUCUUCAGGAUUUCUGCAACUUUUUCAGCUCUGUGUCAUCCACUGCCCCACAGGGUAUUACAAAAAGGGUUCUCAUUGUGAGAAAUGCGACGAGUCCUGUGAGCUGUGUACUGGACCGGGCCCCGAGUCCUGCAGAAGGUGUCCACUUCCUCUUCUAGAGCUUGACGGCACCAAGCUGUGUGUGGAGCGUUGUCCGCAUCGCUUUUAUCAGUUCAAUGAAAUCUGCAAACAGUGUCACGUCAGCUGUCAGACCUGCACAGACUCUUCUCCCCAAAGCUGUGAGACGUGCGAUCGCGGCAGCACUCUCAAAGACAAAGUCUGUUAUCCACGUUGUGAGGAGGGACGAUACUUUUCUGAAGAGGAAAUCUGCGAGUCCUGUGACAGCUCCUGCAGGCACUGCACUGGCCCCAGACCUGACCAGUGUCUGCUCUGUCACAACGACUUUGCUCUUCAUGCCGUUGAGAACAGAUGCACCCGCUGCUGUCAGGCUGCAGCAAAUCACACCAACUGCUGUGUUUGUGACAGUGGCUCAGCUCUGUGUGUUGAGGCACCACAGCCCAGGUUUGAAGAAGCAACGGAGCGAGACGUUAUCGUGUCCUCUAAAGCUCUGAAGCACACCUCAGCUGCCUUACCAGUCGGCCUGCUGCUGGCGGCCGGGUUGGGGCUGGCUGUGUUUGCCUUGGCGAAGGCUCACGCCAAGAGGAGGCUAUGCUGGAACCAGAGCUACGAGAGACUGAGCGGCAGCGGGAGCAUCAACAUGCCCCACGGCGUGCCCGAGCCAGACAGCGGCGACGAGGUGGACGUGGUGUACACCACCAAGGGUGGAUCAGUAUACAGACGCUACAGCUUCAUCCAUGAGAAGGAAGCAGACCCAAGCAGGGAUGAAAACACUUGUCUCAGUCAGUCUUAGAUGGAUUCAUGCCAGAUUGUGCUGUAAUAAAACAUAUUUUUGAUGCUCCGUCAGAAAAAGUAGGUAGACCAUAGAGGUGUGGGUAGCAAUAUAUGAAUGAGUUGUAUAUUUUUAUUCCACAAAGUGCCUGUGACUGUAGGAAGCACCCAGUUAGACAAUGAUGGACAAACUGAAAAAUUACUCAUGUCUGUGUAAAUGUAUGUAAUUUUAUUUCAAACCCAUCAUGAAAACUCAUCUGUGAAUCUUUGUAUUAGGUCAGCGAGUCAGGGUUGCAUGAUUUGUUGUAAAUAUGAAUGUAAAGGAAAUAAAAGAUUUUG